GAAUCGUUGGAAGCCAAAUUAAAUUUGUCAUCAUUGUAACUGGAUGUAAUUAAUAAUUUUUUUUCAAACAAAAUAAUCAUGAUUAAUAUGUGGAUUUUAUCAACAAUUCUGAUCAUAUUUUUGAUUCAUUUUCAAUCAACAAUAGCCAUUGAUGAUGAAAAUAUUUCUGAAAAUCAAGAAUUAUCAUCAUCAUCAUCAUCAUCACAACAGAUAUCGAUCGAAUGUUCUGAACAUUUUAAAUGUUUAUCAUUACAACGAAAUAAUGAUCAUUUACAGAUAUUGAAAAUGAAUUCAACAUUACCAAAUUGGUAUGAACUUUGUAAUUGUGAUCAAUAUUGUUAUAUAUUUGGUGAUUGUUGUUCAGAUGCACCUGAAGUUGAUAAAAUAAAUCUUGAUCAUUGGUCAUUUGUACGUGUAAGAUUUAGUUCAAGAAUUAAUUUUCUUACAUUAAUGAAAAAUCAAUGUCCAAAUGAUUAUCAACAAAAUGAAUAUAUUCGUUUACAAUGUGAACAUUCAUGGUAUGAUCCAUUCUACAAUUAUCUAUUACCUGAUAUGGAACAAUAUCUAUUGUUUGAUCAGGAAGAAGAAUUUAAAAAUUGGCAUGUAACAAGUCGAAAAUCAUUGAUAACAUAUCGCAAUCUUUAUUGUAGUAUUUGUAAUAAUGAUACGGAAACUGAUGCCUGGAAUCAAAGAUUAAUGUGUCAAGAUAAUAAUGAUGAUCAUCGUUGUACGACUAUUCAUCAUCAGAUGGCGCCGGAAAUUCUUGGAAAAGAAAAAUUAAAACGAACACCAUUACAGAAUAAAGUAUAUUCUACCUGUAAUCUUGGAUGGUAUAAAAUGAAUUAUAUGAAAGAUCCAAAAUCGAUUAUUGAUACAAUGAAAAAAUGUCUAAUAUUUUAUGCACCGGUUGCUGUUAAAGAUUUAAAAUCAAAAAAAUAUAUUCUAUUCAAAAAUAAACAUUGUGCCCAUUGUAAUGGAUAUAAUUCAUCAACAAUCGAAUGUGCACGUAUGGCUGUUGAUCAACCUACUCAGGUACCACCUACAUUUAAUUCGAUUACAACAUUAGAUACGAAUGAAAUUUUUAUCGAUAAUGAAAAUCAACAAUGUCCGAUCAUGUCCAUAUGGAAUCCAUUAAUCAAUAAAUGUCAAGAAAUUAAUGUAGCCAAUAAUAAUAAUGCACAACCGAUUCGAUUCCGUCAUUAUAAUCAAGCAUUACAAAAUAAUUGUUCAAUAUUUCAAAUAAUAAUUUUAUUGAUAUUGGUUUUAUUU